UAACGUUAGAAUUAGAUGGUUAUUACUUAUUGAUAUUACUGAUAAGGACGUGCAUCCAGUAUAACCAUCUAGUGUCAAAGGAAUUAGUAGGUACUUAUUACUUAACGAUAAUUAUUAGCGGAUUCCGACAUCAAUCAUUUCUGUUUUUUUAUUUCGUUCGGUCGUUUUGUUCGUUUAAACAAACGGUGUUAUUGUCAUUAUUAUCCCGACGCUUAUUGCUGUUCUCUUGUCGACAACAAACCGUGCAUAGAUUUUUAAUGAUGGAAAAUCAAAGAGCAACGUCAAGCUCGACAUUUCAGCCACAACAGAUUACACAACCGCCAAUCGAAACACUACUGUUUAAUGAUAUUAUUAAAGAGAAAAGUCUAAUCUUAGGUGAUUUGAUGAAUCAGUUUUUGCAAGUCUAUCCUUUCAGUAAAUUUGAAUCUGAAUUCAAUUUAUUCACAAGGCGUAUUAAACAUAUUGCAAGGGAUGGACAGCGUAACGGCACAAACUCCGUACGUCAGACAAUGCAGAUACCUUCAAAUAAUACUGCUUCAACAGAAGAUGUUGGGUCACGGGAAAACAAUCCGCAACACAUUGAACAACCAAAUUUAUUUCAACGACCAGUGGCUGCCGAACAUAAACCCAAAACAACAAUGAUUCAUAACGAUCAAUUGAACAAUAUUCCUUACACAACAAGCAACUUAUGUGAUACAGUUAUUGAAGAAAGUAUAGUCAAUAAUGGUUCUGCUCAAAAAAAUACUCAACAAUCAAAAUUCCUGCCACCAACUAUGCCAAUACCAUACUCUGAGUCGUUAAAAAUUGAUAAUGCACCACCUACUACGAUCAAUAAUGCUAAUGCUGACAUUGCCAUGGACACUGAUUCUGAAUUAGUUGAAGCUGUUGAGAUACCAAGUAACAUUGACAACUCUAGCACAUCUCAAUUUCAAGAUCAGUUAAAUUGUUCUGAAAAAAUUAAAGUUAAGUGCUUAACCAAGUGGUCAGUGAAUUUAAAGCAAAUUAAAUCGAAUAAGAACAAUUCAAAAUCAGUCAUCGCAUUAACAGGUACUUUAUUGGCAGAAGAUCAAAUCAGAGUAUUGAAGAAAGUUCAUAAAGCUGGUAUUUUGGUAGCCCGCAAAACCAAAAACAUUGUCAAAACAGAUAAAGGAUUUUACCACCUAAUUGGUCCAAUCAUUGAAGGAUCUCCAAUAGAUUUGUUUCGUGCAUGUGUAGAAAUAAAUGGUAUUCCAAAAACAUGGAGGAAUAUUUUAACACAUUUGUCAGCAGAAGUUAAAGUAAAUCACAAUGAGAGUAUGACAAGAAAAGGCACAGUUUAUAACAAAGAAAAAAAAGCUAGUCAAAAUUAUUCCGGAGCAGAAGACAUUGUUGAAAAUGAUAUACUCAACGAUAGUGAUCUUCGUCAACAAUUGACACAACUAUCAACAUCUAAAACAAUAAAAUCAUUUGAAGGAUGUCAUACUCCAAGUCAACUUUUGAAGUAUAAAUUUCAUAGAAAGUUUGUUAAAGCCUGUUUAAUCAUUGGCAGUCAAGAAAAUGCAGAUGAUCUAUGAAUAAUUUCAACAGAAAUCAAACCUACAAAAUUCUAAAUGGUGCGUAUACUUAAAAAAAAAAAAAUUGGACAAUUUUAAAGAUUAAUAUUUAAUUAAUUGAACAUUUAAUUGA